CGCCGUCACGCUGGGCGCGCGGGCAUGCGCAGAGAAUUCGGCGCGCGAAGCUCCAGCAGGAAGUGGGAGCAGCAGAACGCAAACGGCGGCCAGUUUGGGAUUUGAACCUCUCACGCAACUUCUAUAAUCUGUUAACAUCUGCUUUAUUAUGGCAGACACGAAGGACCAGGAAGACCGUGAAACCACUGGAGACGGUGCCGAGGACACUAAUCAUGAUCCCCACUUUGAGCCCAUCGUGUCUCUUCCUGAGCAGGAUGUUAAAACAUUAGAAGAGGACGAAGAGGUGCUCUUUAAAAUGCGAGCCAAACUGUAUCGCUUUGCCUCUGAGAACGACCCUCCAGAGUGGAAAGAGAGGGGGACAGGGGACGUGAAGCUGCUGAAACACAAAGAGAAGGGCACCAUCCGCCUCCUGAUGAGGAGAGACCGAACCUUGAAGAUCUGUGCCAAUCAUCAGAUCAGCCCGCUGAUGGAGCUGAAGCCCAACUCCGGCAGCGACAGAGCAUGGGUGUGGAACACACUAGCGGACUACACUGACGAAAGUCCCAAACCAGAACUCCUGGCGAUACGCUUUUUAAACGCGGAAAACGCUCAGAAGUUCAAGGUGAAGUUUGACGAAUGUAAAGAGGAAGUUAAAAAGCAACUAGAGGGAUCAGGCAACACUGACGGUGCAAACAAGGUGGCAGAGAAGCUGGAGGAGCUUUCAGUAAAAGAUAAGGCGCCUGAGGGAAAGAAGGAAGAGAACAAAAAGGAAACUGAGAAGAAUGAAGAUGAGAAAAAGGAGGUGAAAGCUGAGAAGAAUUAAGAACCAAGAACUUGCUUUGCUGAUCUUCAGUUUUUUUGUUUUUGUUUUUAUCAGUUUUCCUCUUUUUCUACAAUAGACUCUAUGAACUGAAUUUGGACUCUUGCAUAUUAGUUUUUUGUUUUUUAAAUCUGUUUUGCCUCAAGAUCACAAGUCCUUGAAGCCACUGGAAAAAAUAUCAGAAACAAAGUUAAUAACAAAUAUAUAUUUUUCUCUGACCCUGUUCCCAAUUUGCUCGGUGGAAGCCCACACUUUUCCACCCUUACUUUUGAGAGUUUGACAUUACGAUUAACAAACUGUGAAAAGAGGCUUGUGACAGCAAUGAUUCCCACAUUGGGGUAUUUUUGUUUUGUUUUGUUUUUUGUUCUUCUGAAGCAGAGUUCAAUUGUAGGGUGAGGGGAUAAUGUAGCCUGCUCAUUAGCAGCACCAGGUCAGGAACCAGGCAUUAUGGAGGCGCAUUUUGAAGGUGACCCCCACUGAUGACUCUCUAUUGGCCUGUGCGUCCUGUCCACACUUCCACUAUUAGAUGGCAAGGUGAAGACGUCUCUUUGAGUUGAUUUAUCCCUCGGUUUAGUUCAGUCGGAAUCUGACUAAAGGAGGAAUUCACUCUGGACAGUUGGGGAGCAUCAGAUGAGUGUUUCGAAGUCACAGUUUCCACCACAAAUAAGAUGCACUUAGUUAAGAAUCUCUCUUUUCUUUUUUUUUUCUUUUACAAAGUCUUGAAAACUAUUAAGUCCAAAGUAAAAACGGUUCAUUAAUUUGUGCAGCUUUUUUUUUUUUCUUUUUCUCCUGACUCAUGUCAACUUAUCAGGAGAUAGGUUUGUAUGUUUUUAGCUCAUAACAUUCCCAGACUUCAAAGCAUGUAAAGUGUAUGUAACGGAGUGCGCCCCAUCUUGGUUCUGUGUUCUCACCGCCCGCUCUUUACUCUUUCCACCGAAUACGUUCUCUCUACCUUGACUCUUCAGUGCAUCCAAGUGCCAGUGCAUCUGUAAAUACAUGUAUAUGGAUGAAAUGUUGCUCUUCGUUUGCACUCAGAUGAUCUGAAAUGUUUCCUCCACCUUCAAAUAAAAGCUGGUAAAGAUCA